GAGAUGGGAGCGUUGUUUCCAUGCUUCUCACAUGGUUUACGUGGUUUGGUGGGCAGAUUUAAACAGAAGAAGCUGGCUAAACAUAGGAAGCGCAACAACAAAGAGGAACCUAUGACAAGUCGUUAAUUUGGAUAAAAUUACAAAGACGUGUAAUUAGGGUAGAUAAGAAAAGGCAACGGAUGGUGACAGACCUACAAAUCUUUUGACCAGCGUUAAGAUGAUUUCCCUCAUGUUGGUCUUUCUUCUGGGAGGGUUAUGGGAUACUGAAGCUAUGUCCAUAACAGGAGUUUUGGGGAGUGACGUCACAAUAAAAUGCUCUCACUCCAACGCAUUUUACAACGCCAAAUAUUUCUGCAACGGAGCGUGUAGAAAUGAAGACAUCCUAAUAAGUAGCAGAACAAAUAACGAUUUAAACAAAAAAUACAGUAUUAAAGAUGAAGGAAACACAUUCUACGUGACCAUCUCUCAUCUUAAACAAGAUGACUCAGGAAUGUACUGGUGUGGAAUAGAGAGAAUUGGCUUGGACACAUACAGUCAAGUUUUCCUCACAGUCAUAAACGAAAACACAAAGGACCCUCAAUCAAAUGUUCCAUCCUCUAAAAAACGUUUGUACAUUGGAGCAGGUCUCGGGGUGGUUGUGCUGGCUCUGGCGAUGGUCCUUCUAACAUUCUUCAGACAUCGCAACAGAGACAUCAGAGCAAAUUAUGGAAAGGACCAAGACACAAUAUAUACAACACCCUCCAGUCAGAAACUAAAUAUAAACCAUGAAACUACUUCCUCUUCAACAGCCAAUGAGGAUCAAGAAACAGACAGCAAGGCUAACAGCAUCUUCUGCUUGUCGACUGUUGAGUACCAAGAUCACUCCGAUAAUAUUUACUCCAAUGUCAUUGUUUCAUCAAAGUCUCAGAUCCAACCAGAAGGUCUCUCCUACGCCAGUGUUCGCUUCAAAAAACACACAGACUCCAGCACUGUCACACCUGGGCUUACGUACGCCACUAUUCAACACAAAGCAACAGAUGAAUCAACAGUCUAUUGCAAUGUAUGACCUCAGUGCUGACCACCUUCACUGUUAUGUGCAGUAUCUUCCUUUGCUGUAUUAUUAGAUUAGAUCGUGAAUUGAUAAUUUAAAUAAUUCUGUUCAAUUUUAUGUAUUUUUGUAACAUUUAGAAAUUAUAAGAAAUAUUUAGAUAAGUCCUCUUAAACUAAUGUAUGAAUAUUAAUCAUAUUCAGUAGAUUAUAAAUUUUAACCUGAUAAAACAAAGUCAAUAUAAAAAAAAAUGUAUUUUUGUGAGCAUCUGUUUUGUGGUUGAUGAGAGUUGGUGAUGUUGGUAACCGAGCAGUGUAGUUAAACACUAUCUGUAAACAAAGAGUUCUCAGAGCAUGUGACGUCUGAGACAAAGGAAACCACAGGGGACUCUGACCAGGUGAGCUAAGGGAUAAAAGUCCCCGUCACCCACUUCUUAUUGUCACUCACUGCAACACCUCGAGUUACAGAGCUGAAGAGGACAAACAUCGGUCACUCACUGCAACACCUCAAGUUGCUAAAGAAGACAAUCAUUGUUCACGCACUGCAACAUGUGGCUAAUGAAAACAAACCAUUGCUAUCCAUUGCAUCCGUGCUAAACUGGAAGCACAGCCAAACGUUUGCAGUCUACUUUGAUUAAAUUGUUUCAUUUUCUGAAUGAAUUGACCAUUUUGGUGUUCUUGUAGCUCUACAGGAAAUCGGACAACGUGGACAACGCUUUUCUUAUCAAGUCAACUGAACUGGUUCUUCACUGCCUUUGAAGAGAAACCAGCUUUUUCCGUAAACCCCUCACAAGUGAGACAGAUCCGUUUUAUUUACCGUGGAGCAUCUAUGGGACCUAACAAAUGGGAACACACACUGGGCAAAGACAUAUAGGUCUGUGUUGUUAAUGUAUUAUUCUAUUCUAUAAUAUUGCUGCAACUUGUUACCACAUUGAAUGUGUAAUAAUUGGUACUGUCGCAAAUGUCUCACCAUGAAUAUGAUUGUGACCACCGACCCAGUUUAUUGCUGUGAAUGUACCGGAUCACGGUAGGCUACUUGUUGACAUUUUGUUUUUGAUACUGCAGUUUAUAUUGAAACUGUAUGCUACACUGCUAUCUCCCGCCGCAAAGAAAUUAUUAACUGUACAAGCGAGAUAAUAAACCUUCCCUUCGUCAUUCAAACUCCAACAC